AUGAAUGUGUUAAAAUUACAAAAAAAAUUCCCAAUAUUGGAUCAAAACGAUUUAUUUGGGAUAAUAGAGGAUUUCCGAGGCAUUGACUUGGAUGAUAAAGGAUGGGUUGAAAAAAAAGAUGUUAUUAAUGCUGUAUCUCAAAAGGGAGACUAUACUUAUGAUGAGGCUAGAGAAACAUUGAAACAUGUUGAUGUUGAUGCUUCGGGACAUGUUGAAUUAGAUGAUUACGUUGAAUUGAUGGCUAAAUUGAAAGAAACCAAUUCGGGUUCUUCAGCACCAGCCCCAGUUGCCACUGGUGCUGUUGGAGGAGCCGGUGCCGGUGCCAAUGCACAUGCACCAGUUCCAACUGCCAACACUGCUCAUAAAACAUAUUUAACUGGUAAAACUUCUGGUACUACUCACACUGUCAAUGAUGAAGAACGUACUGAAUUCACCAGACACAUUAAUAGUGUUUUGAGUGGAGAUUCUGAUAUUGGGGAUCGUUUACCCUUUGACACUGAGACUUUCCAAAUUUUCGAUGAAUGUCGUGAUGGUUUGGUUUUAUCCAAGUUAAUUAAUGAUUCAGUUCCCGAAACCAUUGAUACUCGUGUUUUGAAUUUACCAGGAGUGAAAAAGAAGACCCUUAAUAAUUUCCAAAUGUCCGAAAACGCAAACAUUGUUAUCAAUUCUGCCAAAGCAAUUGGAUGUGUUGUUGUCAAUGUUCAUUCAGAAGAUAUCAUUGAUGGUAAAGAACACUUGAUUUUGGGUUUAAUUUGGCAAAUCAUUAGAAGAGGUUUACUUUCUAAAGUUGAUAUCAAAUACCAUCCCGAAUUAUAUCGUUUAUUAGAAGAUGACGAAACUUUGGAACAAUUUUUAAGAUUACCUCCUGAACAAAUUUUAUUACGUUGGUUUAAUUAUCAUUUGAAAAAUGCCGGUUCUCAAAGAAGAGUUUCUAAUUUUUCAAAAGAUAUUAGUGACGGGGAAAACUAUACUGUUUUAUUAAAUCAAUUACAACCAGAACAUUGUGAUUUGUCUCCUUUGAAAACAAACGAUUUAUUAACUCGUGCAGAACAAGUUUUAUCAAAUGCUGAUAAAAUUGGUGUUCGUAAAUAUUUAACUCCAAAUUCUUUGGUUGCUGGUAAUCCAAAAUUAAAUUUAGCCUUUGUCGCUAAUUUAUUUAAUCAUUAUCCUGGUUUAGAUCCAAUUGAAGAAAGUGAAAAACCGGAAAUUGAAGAUUUUGAUGCUGAAGGUGAAAGAGAAGCAAGAGUUUUCACUUUAUGGUUAAAUUCUUUGGAUGUUGAUCCUCCAGUUGUCUCUCUCUUUGAAGAUUUAAAAGAUGGUUUGGUAUUAUUACAAGCUUUCGAAUUAGUAUUACCAGGCUCGGUUUCUUUCAAACAUAUAAAUAAAAAACCAGCUAAUGCUCUUGAACUCUCUCGUUUUAAAGCUUUGGAAAAUACUAAUUAUGCAGUUGAAAUUGGUAAAGCAAAUAAAUUUUCUCUUGUUGGUAUUGAAGGUUCUGAUAUCGUUGAUGGUAAUAAAUUAUUAACCUUGGGUUUAGUUUGGCAAUUAAUGAGACGUAAUAUCAUUAACACUCUUUCUCAACUUAGUGUUGGUGGUAAUCAACAUUUGUCUGAUGCCGAUAUCUUAAAAUGGGCUAAUGCCCAAGUAACCAAAGGUGGUAAAUCUGGUACCGUCAGAUCUUUUAGUGAUUCAAGCUUAUCUUCUGGUAUUUUCUUAUUGAAUAUUUUGAACGGUAUCAAACCAGGUUAUGUUGAUUACGAUUUGGUUUAUCAAGGUACCAAUUUAUCAGAAGACGAAAAAUACGCCAAUGCUAAAUUGGCUAUUUCCAUCGCAAGAAAAAUCGGUGCUUUAAUCUGGUUAGUUCCAGAAGAUAUCAAUGAAGUUAGACCAAGAUUGAUCUUAUCCUUCGUUGGUAGUUUGAUGUGUGUUACUGAAAAUAAUUAAUCCACUUAAUGUUUUACUAUGUAUUUGUUUGUUGAUAAAUUUAUAUUUUUACGAAAUCUUUUUAUUUUGCUUCCUUUCAUUUUUGUAUUUUAUAGCCUC